AUGGAGAAGGUGAACAUCGAGCCAUGUGUGAAGAUGGACACCCAAACCCUUGAUCUUCUCAAGAUAAGAGAUGAUGUCACAUGGUACAUAAGGAAGCUAGGCUUGAGCAAGCUCUUCAAGCUAGAGUGUAGUGAGUACUCACAACUCACCAAGGAGUUCCUCUCCACAGUAGCUCUUGCCUUUCCCAACCACAAUGGAGACCAACCAGCUGGUGAUGGACUCCUACUCUUCAAGAUAGGCGAUGCCAAUGGGCGCAUCUCCAUCUCAGCUCUAUGCCAACUCUUUGGACUUCCCAAUGAGACAGCACAUGACUUCAAGGAGAACUCAAAGAGGAAACAAGCUGCCUUUGCUGAUUGGACACACUUUGCCAAUGAACCAUUCUUGCCUUCAAAAGCCAACAAGGUCACAACUGAUGAGUUCUACAUCCUCACCACACCAUUCAUCAAGCAUGAGUACAAGGCCAACCUUGGACUUUUACUUGCCAAGACAUUCAUCAAUGUGAGGAAGCUAGCUCAAGACUUGGAAGGCAACAAGAAGCUUUGUGUUCGUUUUGGGAGGCUUAUCACGGCCAUAGUACAUGUGGGGAUUGACAUUCCCAACUAUGAGCCACUACCCAAGCCAACCCCUUUGGAUCUCCAUGCUCUUCAGCACAUCCACUUCCUAAACCGUUGGACUAAAGACCCAACUCGGUUUUGCUAUGAGUUUCCAAUUGGUCCAGCCAACACUUCCCUUGUCUUGCUGCCACAUGAAGACAUCCCAAGCCUACGCUCAGCAUGCAGUCAAGACUCAACGCCGCCACCAAGAACGCCAUGUUCUCACUACUGGCAUGGCGCGCACCAAGCUCUAGACCGUGUUAACAAGCUGGAGAAGAUAGUGGAAUGCCAAUCUCGCUUCAUCUCACGCCUAGUUCGUGUAGUUCGCCACAUUGCACCGGAGAGACUCUUUCGCCCUUCUUCCACCGCUAGAGAGCCAUAUGAGCCUGACCUUGGUGAGUUCUCACUAGACUCAGAGCUUGGUUCAGAAGGCGAUGACCCCAUAGAUGAGGAAGAGAGUUCUUCUCACUGCCACACAUAG